AUGGAGAGUGACGCGCAGGUCGCCGAAGCUCUAGCUGCGAGCUCAACAGGAAAAGCUGCGUUGGACUAUGCAAUUCAAGCAGCCGAGCUGUACAUGCGUGCUGCGAGCAGUACCACAAACAAGCAGGAUGCCGCUCGCUUGCGACAGAAAUGCAAGGCGCUCAUUGCUCACGCGGAGAUGCUGAAGACACAGCUGUCAAUACCACCGCUGCGCCCAAAUGGAUCGGAUAUCUUGCGCCAGUCAUCCUUACUACAUGGAAAUGAGUUCCCGCCGUGGGAAGAGACCCCAUCCGACACCGAGUUCCAGCGCAAAGCGGGACAGCAGCUCUUCACGUAUGCCACCUCCGCCUCGCUCUUCCCUACAUCGUCGCUAACUGUUCUCUGCCAGUGA